UUGGUUCAUCUGGAGAACUCGGCCGGAAGGCCUGGGCAGGGGUUCGAGUACUAGCAGAGAUGGCGGCGGCUGCGGCCAGUCGGGGGAUCCGUGCCAAACUGGGCCUACGAGAGAUUCGUAUCCACCUUUGUCAGCGCUCGCCCGGCAGCCAGGGCGUCAGGGACUUUAUCGAGAAACGUUACGUGGAGCUGAAGAAGGCGAACCCCGACCUACCCAUCCUAAUCCGCGAGUGCUCCGAUGUGCACGCCAAGCUCUGGGCCCGCUACGCAUUUGGCCAAGAGAAGAAUGUCUCUUUGAACAACUUCAGUGCUGAUCAGGUAAACAGAGCCCUGGAGAAUGUGCUAAGUGGCAAAGCCUGAAGCCCCCACUGAGGAUUGAGAGCAACACCCCACAGCCUGGGCUCUGCUGGACUGAGUACAAUGUAGAAAAGUGUAUUUGUCUGUUCCUUAUAAAGUUUAUGCUGUAAGAUGUUCUUUUCCUUAUUCUACCCUCUACCCCUGAAUGUGCAAGAACUUGGGCAAAGCAGUUUAAUGUAAGAAUAAAACUUUAUUCUGUCCUA